AUGGUGGCGUCAGAGUCGGGCGAGUACGAGUACGAGCCGUGGGCCGAGGAGCGCCUCGAGCGAAUCCGACGGCGAGAGGCCAUUCUCAAUGCCGUGCCCAUCACCCCCUCCUCCGCAUCCGCCGCUAAGCAAUCUCCACGCGCAUUGGCCGCCGCAAGAGCCGGCGCUGGCGGACUGACGGGCGCGAGCGGCGCGGCGGAGGAGCUUAGCUCGCCGUCGAAGACCAAGGAGGGGAAGGAGGGGAAGGGCGCGGAGAGGCGAGACACUUGGGGGGACGACAGCGGCGUUGCGCGGUCGAUCGCUCGCCCAAUGACGUUCCUGCGUAGUGUGGCGCGGUUCUACUGCACCAUCUUCCUCCUCUUCCUCCUCCUCACCGCCUGCCAGGUGUAUGUCAUGUGGACGGAGGAGCUGGGGGCGCUGGAGGUGUCCUCUACAGGCCUCUCGUCGCUGCUCAACACGAGCAAGCCAGCGAAGCUCACGCGGCGAGUCGUGCUCUCCACCAUGGCGCGAGACAUCAUGGACCUGCAAGGUGGCGAGUCGUGCUCUCCACCAUGGCGCGAGACAUCAUGGACCUGCAAGCCCUUCCAUUCCCAAUCCGACUCCACCCACAAAUCUAUCUGCCUCCCUCUGCUCCCUCUGCUCCUCUGCUCCUGUCCUCUCCUGCACUCAUCUCCCACCCUUCUAUCCUCCCGUCUCUCCUCUUCGCCCACCCUCCUCUCCCUUCCUCCCCUCUCUCCUCUUCGCCCACCCUCCUCUCCCUUCCUCCCCUCUCUCCUCGUCGCCCACCCUCCUCUCCCGUCCCUCACCACCCCCCCAGCCUCCCUCACGGCCAGCAUGGCACAGCUACAGCAGCAGCAGGCAGCACUGACCAAUCAGACAGCCCAGUCGCUGCAGGCGCUGGAAGCGCGGGUGACAGGUGGCAGCAGGCGAUUGGUGGACUUCACGCGGGCCAUGGGGGAGAAGCAGGCGGGGGAGGUGCAGGGCGUGCGGGCGCGUGUGGAGGAGAUGGGGCGCGUGCUGGCCAAGCAGGGGGAGAUGCUGGCCGAGCAGAUGGCUGCUGUCACUGCGCUCAAGGCGGAUCUGGAGAUGCGCAAGGCAGCGGCCACCCCCCCCUCCAACUACACGCUAUACUACAUCACCGACGACCACCCUGACCUCUGGCGCCAACGCUCCUUCCGCCGCUACGCCUCCUAUGGCUUCGUCAAGUACAGCGCCUACCGCGUGUCCCCAUCACGCAUCGCCAUCCUGGGCCUCUCAGCCCUGGCGCUGCACGGAGCGCACCGGCUGUCGUUCUGCGAGUGGCACGGCGUGGAUGGGUCUGUCAUACCGGGGGUGCUAGAGAUGAUCUAUGUGGGCGAACAUCAUAACUUCCUCUACGAGACAGUGGUUGUCAACUGUCUGUUGGAAUCACCUGUGCAAUCACCUGGGGGCUACCUGAAGGCACGCAUCAACUCCGAGAUCCUUUACCCCUUCAGAGAGUCCAAGUCUGAGCCCAUCAUGCCCCCCACAGCCCCCUUCAAGCACCGGCUGCUCUUCUGUGGGCCGCCCAUGUACGGUGCCAUGGAGCCUCGUGUGCUGCUCGAGUGGCUGGACUACCACCGCGUGUACACCGCAGCCGACCACUUCAUUCUCUACGAUGCGGGCGCCGUGGGCGUGGCGGUGCGGCGCACGCUGCAGGGGUACCUGGCGGGGGGCGUGGUUGAAAUCACCGACUUUCGCGAGGCGCAGCAGUGGGACACGUGGCUGUAUGGGCAGUCACUGGCCAUUCAGGACUGCAUGUAUCGAUCGCGCCGCACAGCCCAGUGGGUGUUCAUGCAGGAUUUUGACGAGUUCCUGGAGCUGCUGCCGCCCCUCACCAUGCCGGCUCUCCUGGAAAAGUACCACGACCGCCCCUGGAUCACCUACGGCUGCACCGUCUUCAACAUGUCCUUCUGUGUCGAUACCCCCCGCGACGCCUCCUCCGCUGCCUCGAAUCCCAACCGCCGAAGCGGGGACCUUCGCGGCGCCGCUGCUAGUGGUGGGCGGAGGGUGCAUAUGGAGGGGCUGCUUAUAGAGAGGAUGCAUUUCCGGUGGCCGCACGUGUACUGUAUGGACACGCAGAAAUACCGCCCAGAGCACUGUCUAGACCAGGAGGGGCACCGGAAAUACAUCCUCAACCCGCGCAAAGUGCAGGCCGCUCAGAUCCACAUCGUCGUCAAAACAGAGGACGGCGGGGGAGGCACAGCGGCCGGCGGAGGGGAGGGCUCGGGGGAGGAAGCAGGGGAGGGCGUGGGGGAGGGCGUGGGGGAGGGCGUGGGGGAGGGAGUGGAUAUGGAUACGGAUGACAUGCGGCUGGCGCAUUACAGGGGCCUGGCCACCAAGGGGUCGAGGAUGUGUGAGCUGGGGGAGCCCAAGGACUGGUGGAUGCGGUACGAUCAGGUUGGGAGGAUUGCCGCGGCCGUGUGGAACUGCCCUCUCGUCGCCAGUAACCGCCAGGCAUGCACACCGAGUGGCAUCGCCACAACUCUUGCAGCUACAGCUGACUCCACUCGCACGCAGUGA